AGAUGGCUGUUCUAUUAUUCACAAUAUUGUUAGUGUCUGCAGUACUAUGAUUUUCAACUACAGUCAAAAGUGCUAGUUGGUAAGAUAUUAAUGUUGUAAUAAUUUGAACAGCUGAGAACGUGGUUGUUUAUUUUGUGAUCAGUUUUAUUUUGUGAUCAUUGUGUUGCAAUUGUAUUAGAAUAUGGAGAAGAUGAAAAUAUGCUGGGUGCUGUUCAGCAUCAUGCUGGCCAUAGGUGACGCAUCAAAGAUCCUGGUGGUAUACCCGUUUCCAUCGAGGAGUCAUGCCAAUUUAGGAGAUGGAAUUGUGAGAAAUAUGCUCAAAGCUGGUCAUGAGGUAACAUACAUCACACCAUUUGAGUACAAGAAUGCUCCCCCGACUCUUCGUCAGAUCGAUGUCAGCAAUCUCAUAGACCUCAUGCCGAAGGACUUGCUGACGAUUAAAAAAUUAAUGGACGGAAACAACAUCAGUUUAAACAUAGCCUUCAUGACUUAUAUGGUAACUGAGAUAUUUAAGGGUACGAUUCUAAACGAAAACGUGCAGAAGAUUUUGAACGACCCCAAUGAAAAGUUUGACUUGGUCAUAGCUGAGUGGAUGAUGAGUGAAAUCCCUGCUGGAAUUGGUGCAGUUUACGACUGUCCGUUCAUUUGGAUAUCAUCGGUGGAAAUUCACUGGAUACUCCUGCGGUUCAUCGAUCAGGUGCCGAACCCUGCGUUCACGGUGGACAUCAUGACCACAUACACGCCACCACUGAACUUCAUACAGAGAGCUAUAGAACUGUGGAACCAAGUGAAACUUACAGUCUUGAAUUACGUAAUAUUAGACAGAAUUCAAGACAAUGUAUACUCAACUCACAUAGCUCCACUUGUUGAAAAGCGAGGAAGAAAAGCACCGACACUCGAUGAGCUCAGAUACAACGUUUCGAUGAUAUUCUCCAACGCCUAUGUGGACACUUCUAGCGCUUUAUCUUUGCCACAGAGCCACAAGUAUAUUGGUGGUUACCAUAUUGACGAAAAAGUGAAACCUUUGCCCGAGGACUUGCAAAAAUUGAUGGACGGAGCUAAGAAUGGGGUGAUCUACUUCAGCAUGGGUUCAAACUUGAAGAGUGCAGACAUGCCAGACGAGCUCAAGGCUAGUCUGGUGGAAAUGUUUGGAAGCCUCCCAUACACUGUGCUGUGGAAGUUUGAAGAGGUCUUGCCGAACCUGCCUUCAAAUAUUCACAUCCUUAAAUGGGCACCACAACAAUCUAUUCUUGCUCACCCGAACCUUCGCGUGUUCAUUACUCAUGGUGGUCUCUUAUCAACGACUGAGACUGUCCAUUUUGGAGUACCGAUCAUUGGUAUACCGGUCUUUGCAGACCAGUUCAUCAAUGUCCAUAGAGCAGAAAUAAGAGGCUUUGCGAAAAGGGUGGAUCUGUCGUACACAAUGGCUGGAGAGCUUAAAAAAGCUAUACUUGAAGUUGUUACUGACAAAAGGUACGCCGAAAGGGCGAAGGAGUUGUCCGUCAUCCAUCACGAUCGUCCUGUAAAACCGGGAGAUGAGUUGAUUCACUGGGUGAAUCAUGUGAUUCGCACGCGAGGCGCCCGCCAUCUCCGCUCUCCCGCGCUGGGCGUUCCAUUCUACCAGAAAAUGUUCUUGGACCUUGCCGUGGUCCUCACAAUCGUUUUAACACUUUCAUACAUUCUGUUAAAACGUGCGUGGAGGUAUUUCCGCUCUGGGAAGUCAAAAAGCUCGAAAAAAAAUAAUUAAGAAUUAGUUUGUUAUUUAUUUUAUAAUAUGUGUAAGAAUUUUUAAUGUUGUCAGCUGUUAAUAAAAAAAUAUCAGUGAAAA